ACAUUAGGACUGAACAACAGCCCAGACCCAUCUAACUAACGUAGUGCUGUCAGCUCGCAUGGCAGGGAUAUUAGGACUGAACAGACCAGACCCAUCUAACUAACUCCGCGCUGUCAGCUAGCAUGGCCGGGACAGAGACAAAGCCUGAUAAUACCAGACAGUCAGGAGAAGCCACGACCUGAACAACAGACUUUAGGACAUCUUCUAAAGCACACAUGGGACUGUAAAUACUUGAUCCGGUCCAGACGAAACAGAACUCUGAAUCAGAAUGAAGCUCAUCAAACACAUUCCACUACUACAGAUCCUGUUCCUGACACAGCUUGGGGCGAGUGUCGGACUGCAGAGAGCUCCUCGCAUCACCACCCUGCUGGAGACCUUGGACAUCCUGUUGGAUCACAACGCCACGUUCAUCUGUGAAGUUGACUCCCGACCGCCAGCUGAUGUCACGUGGACACGGAACAACCACCCAAUCCCAUACUAUGACUCCCGCUACACGACCAGGGAGAAUGGCCAGAUGCUAUUGAUCCCCAACGUCAGAGAGUCUGAUAACGGGGAGUACUGCUGUGUUGCUAACAACGGUAUCGGAGAGCCGGCCAAGAGCUGCGGAGCCCUGCAGCUCAAAAUGAAGCCGCAGAUAAAAAGACACCCCACCAACAUGACGCUACUGAUUGAGUCCAAGGCCGUGUUGCCCUGUGUGACGCUAGGAAACCCCAAACCAGACAUCUCCUGGAUCAAAGAUGAUGCUCUUAUGACGGUGAGUGAUCGGAUCACGAUUCUGGAUUAUGGCGCUCUGAAGAUCCAUAACAUCAAGAAGGAAGAUGCGGGGCAGUACCGCUGUGUGGCCAAGAACAGCUUCGGGAUCGCCUUCUCCAAACCAGUCACCAUAGAAGUACAGGCCCCAGCCCGGAUCCUCAGGGUCCCCAAGGAUAAGAGAGUGACCUUUGGUAGCGAGGUCUCUCUGGAGUGUAACGCCACUGGAAACCCUAUCCCCGCCAUCACAUGGUUGGAGAACGGAAAUACCGUUCCGGGUGGCUCUGUGGAGGAGACGUUAGUAGGAGAGGUGAUUCUGUCUGUACUACACAUCACGGUGACUAAACCUGCCCGCUACACCUGUCUAGCCUCCAACAGACACAGCGCUGGGGCUAAGUCCGCCAAAUCUUCAGCCGGAGUCACUGUCCAAGAGUGGAGGCUGUAUAAAGGCAGUGCGGGUUAUUGUGGUGCGUACCGUGGUAACGUGUGUCGGGGCAUGUUAAGGAGCGAUGCCCUGGUCUUCUUUAACUCCUCCCUCAACGACCCCGAGGACACACAGGAGUUCAUGGCUCAAAGCGCCUGGGCCGAUCUCGACAGACUGGGCAUGCUCUGUAGCCCUGCCGCCCACUCCCUGCUCUGUCAUCUCUCCUUCCAGGACUGCAUCCCUUCUGGCCUGGGUCCUGUCCCUAAACCAAUCUGCAGGGAGCACUGUCUGGCAGUGAAGGAGCUCUACUGUCAUAAGGAGUGGCCCCUGAUGGUAGGGAACUCCCAUAAAGGCCUGUACUCCUCUGGCUCCUCCGGCCUCUCUAUCCCCGUGCCUGACUGUAUGGCUCUGCCCUCACAACACACAACACCAGGAGCCUGCACACCCAUCCCCUUUGUCCAUAUAAAGAAAGAUCAAGUCACAACAACGUGUUACAAUGACAAAGGAAGGUUCUACCAAGGACCAGUCAACAUCACCAGCUCCGGUAUCCCCUGUCAGAGAUGGAGCCAACAGGGUCCCCACCUGCACCGUCUCAGUGUGGAUGUAUUAUCAGAGCUGAGGAACGCACAGAGCUCAUGCCGGAACCCCGGAGGAGAGAAUGAGAAGCCCUGGUGUUAUACAACCAACCCCAACAUCCGCUGGGAAUACUGCAACAUUCCCAAAUGUGGAGAAGUGGUAGUGAAGACGGAGUCAUCGUUCCCUCGCCAGAAUCCUCCCCUCCUCCCUCCCUCCGUCUCUCCGGCCUACUCUAUGAUCAUCAUCAUCUGUCUACUAGCAGCCUUCGCAGCCAUAGCCUUCCUCACCAUCAUCAUCAUCAUGUGCAAGAGGAGGAGGAAGACAUGGAAGAACCACAAGACAGUCAUGGAGACCCCCACCCUGACUGCCUUACCCUCUGAGAGUCUGCUGCUGGACCGCCUUCACCCCAACCCCAUGUACCAACGCCUGCCCCUACUGCUGAACUCCAAGCUGAUGGCUCUAGAGUACCCCAGGAACAACAUCGAGUACGUCAGGGACAUCGGAGAGGGGGCCUUCGGACGGGUCUUCCAGGCCAGAGCCCCAGGUCUCCAGCCCAUCAAGCCCUUCACCAUGGUAGCAGUCAAGAUGCUGAAGGAGGAAGCAUCCGCUGACAUGCAGAACGACUUCCAGAGAGAAGCCGCUCUCAUGGCUGAAUUUGACCACCCCAACAUCGUCAGGCUGCUAGGUGUGUGUGCGGUGGGGAAGCCUAUGUGUCUGAUGUUUGAGUACAUGUCUUACGGAGACCUGAACGAGUACCUGCGCCGCCGUAGCCCCACCCAGCAACACAGCCUGAGCCAGGCCAGCCUAUCAGGACGCAGCUUCUCCUCCGAACUGGAGUUGGGGCCGCUGUGCUGCGAAGAACAGCUGUUCAUAUCCAAGCAGGUGGCGGCGGGCAUGGCGUACCUGUCAGAGCGUAAGUUCGUCCACCGCGACCUGGCCACCCGGAACUGCCUCGUAGGAGAGGAGAUGGUGGUUAAGAUCGCCGACUUCGGUUUAUCCAGAAACAUCUACUCUGCUGACUACUACAAGGCCAAUGAGAACGAUGCUAUCCCCAUCCGCUGGAUGCCCCCAGAGUCCAUCUUCUACAACCGUUACACCACGGAGUCGGACGUGUGGGCCUACGGGGUCCUUCUCUGGGAGAUCUUCUCCCACGGCAUGCAGCCGUACUACGGCAUGGCCCACGAAGAGGUCAUCUACUACGUUAGAGACGGCCACAUCUUGGCCUGCCCUGAGAACUGUCCUGUAGAGCUGUUCAAUCUGAUGAGACUGUGUUGGAGCGGACACCCCACAGACAGACCCAGCUUCAGUAGUAUCCACCGCAUCCUGGAACGUAUUCAUGAGCAGACGUUGAGACCGGCCAUGCCGACACCAGAGUUAAGGCCAUCUUUAUCCACUCUACCAACCCCAGAGUUAAGACCCACUCUAUCCACCCUGCCAACCUUGCCUGCCCUGCCUAACCUAUCUCCUUUUUCCCCCCACCCUGCCCUGUGCCCUGUGCCCGGGGCCGUAGCCAAUUGAUUGAUACGGCAAGCUGCCAGGCAUUUACUCAAAUGUACAGUCAUUAGUGAUUUUAAUAGAUCCUGUCCCUCCCCAGAGCUAAGAUCUCUGGAUCCUGUCUCGUCUCGGACUCAAAUAAUGUUGGUCAGGACAGGGGGCGCCAUUGUUCAACUGAUUCAUGGUGAAGAAGACCAGCGAUGGUAGACAUUAAUGUUGUUGGCCAGGACAGGGGCAGCAGACUGAUGAAAUGACAUGAACUAAGUCUAGUGCCAAGACAACUGGAUAUUUAGGAGAGGCUGAUAUCGGAGAGGAAAUCGUGAUUACGAGCUGUUAAUCCUCCACUGCUUUCCCUCACACUGACAUCUGAUUCGCUGCUUCAAACUGGUUCACCUCUCCCCUGCCUGGAAACUAUAUUUUAGAAACGACCACCUGAGAAAGAGCUGCAGCUGAACGGAGAACGUGUUAAUCCACAUUGCCCAUACUCUAUAUACAUUUACAUUUAAGUCACUUAGCAGACGCUCUUAUCCAGAGCGACUUACAAAUUGGUGCAUUCACCUUAUGAUAUCCAGUGGAACAGCCUCUUUACAAUAGUGCAUCUAACUCUUUUAAGGGUGGGGGGGGGGGGGGGGGGGGUCAGAAGGAAUGCUUUAUCCUAUCCUGGGUAUUCCUUAAAGAGGUGGGGUUUCAGGUGUCUCCGGAAGGUGGUGAUUGACUCCGCUGUCCUGGUGUCGUGAGGGAGUUUGUUACACCAUUGGGGUGCCAGAGCAGCGAACAGUUUUGACUGGGCUGAGCGGGAACUGUACUUCCUCAGAGGUAGGGAGGCGAGCAGGCCAGAGGUGGAUGAACGUGAAUGUUUCUAUUGGGAAGCAAACCAUGGGGAUAUUCAUCCUUUCAUCUGCCAUAUCUGUGAGCUCAAAGCUGACUAGAAGGGUAUUUUACAGGCAGAUUACAGAGGUUAGAGAGGUAAUGUACAGUUAGUACAGUCAAUUCAUUCAGUACUUAACUAGUACAUCAUUUAUUAAGCAUACUGACAAUAUGUCAUCAAAUAGGCUCAGCAUAUUCCAGCAUCCACACAUAUUAACUGUCAUGUUUUUGCUUGUUUUUAGACAAAUUGCUAUUCCACUUUUGGGCAUUCUCAUUAUGUUGUACUAUUGGUACUUUUUUAAAAUCUUGUAUACUUUAUCGACAUAGCACAUUUAGAUACAAUUAUUCUCAUAGACUUGAGCACAGCUUUCUGUGGGAGAGUGGUGACUGGGUAGUGGUCAUUCUAGGUUAACAACGGUCAGUUUUGAAAUGCAUUGCAACAGAUGUCUACUAAUAAGCUGUUUGAAUUCUAAUGUGAAUUUCUGGAGAUUUGUUGGGUGUGGUGUUGAGUUGAAUAUUGGUUUGUGAAGAGCGUCAAUUGUUAUUUUAAGUUAAAUUAAACUUGUGUGAUCAUCGGCACCACAUUCAUUUAAACGAUCGAUUAACUAAAAUGUUUUAAACUACUUGUGACCUCUCUAAAAUGUGUGCUUCGAUACUGAUUGUUUAAAUAGAACUGGUUUUGCUCAUCUCACAUAAACAAUGAUCCAUAAGCCCAUGUAGUGUAGACACAUCAACCCUUUACUAGCAGUAUAAAGAACCCUUAUUUCUGAGACGGUGUCCCAAAUGGCAUGGUAUUCCCUACAUAGUGCACUGAAUAGGGGAUGAGGUGUAAUUUGAUUCCCUACAUAGUGCACUGAAUAGGGAAUAAGGUCUAAUUUAAUUCCCUACAUAGUGCACUGAAUAGGGAAUAAGGUCUAAUUUAAUUCCCUACAUAGUGCACUGAAUAGGGUACGAGGUGUAAUUUGAUUCCCUAAAUAGUGCACUGAAUAGGGUACGAGGUGUAAUUUGAUUCCCUACAUAGUGCACUGAAUAGGGAAUAAGGUCUAAUUUAAUUCCCUACAUAGUGCACUGAAUAGGGAAUAAGGUCUAAUUUAAUUCCCUACAUAGUGCACUGAAUAGGGUACGAGGUGUAAUUUGAUUCCCUACAUAGUGCACUGAAUAGGGAAUAAGGUCUAAUUUGAUUCCCUACAUAGUGCACUGAAUAGGGAAUAAGGUCUAAUUUGAUUCCCUACAUAGUGCACUGAAUAGGGAAUGAGGUGUAAUUUGAUUCUGUACUAAAUCAUAAUUGUUGUAUCAGUCAACAUGUUUGUUACAGAUCUUGUAAGAUAGAUGGCACUGUUUCACCACAAUCACCCUCAGUUCAAUAAACG